GUACUCUCUUCCCCCUCGCAAAAUUCUUCAUUCUCUCUCUCUUCUCUGCACUGUGUCUCUCGCAGCACUUCCUCUUCGCAAACAAGAACCAACCGCAACGAGAUGCAGAUCUUCGUUAAGACUUUGACUGGAAAGACCAUCACUCUUGAGGUUGAGAGCAGUGACACCAUCGACAAUGUCAAGGCCAAGAUUCAGGACAAGGAAGGUAUUCCUCCUGACCAGCAGAGGUUGAUUUUUGCUGGCAAGCAGCUGGAAGAUGGUCGUACACUAGCUGAUUAUAACAUCCAAAAGGAAUCAACGCUUCACUUGGUUUUGAGGCUUAGAGGAGGCACCAUGAUUAAAGUGAAGACUCUAACUGGAAAAGAAAUUGAAAUUGACAUUGAGCCAACUGAUACCAUUGACCGAAUCAAGGAAAGGGUUGAAGAAAAGGAGGGAAUUCCUCCAGUGCAGCAGAGGCUUAUAUAUGCUGGUAAGCAGCUUGCGGAUGACAAGACAGCGAAAGAGUACAACAUUGAGGGCGGUUCUGUGCUUCACUUGGUGCUUGCCUUGAGGGGUGGUAUCCAUUAAGUAGAAUGCUCUUCAUUUGUGGGAACUCUACUCGUCGAGGCUUUAUUAUCUGUUGUCGAUUGUUAACAUCACCUAAAAACGAGAAUGGAAGCUCCGACUCAGACUGUCUCUGAAAUUCAACGUUUUAUAAAUUUGCAUUGUUCCUAAACUUUAUGGCUAUCAUUGGUGUAGUCCGAUUCUAAAAUGCUUUCAAACUCCAGUGACCUUGUAUCAUUAACUUUCGAGCUGUAAACUCAUAACCAAUAGUUUAGGUACUUAAUUUGGUUCAGCGUCCGAGUGACUCUCUCAUGGAAGUGCAUUGGAUGUUUAUGUUGGAGACAAAGGUACCUGUCAGACAUGGCGACUCACUGAUUGGUGUGGCUAGUUGUGGAGACUUGGAGAGCUAAUUUGGGAUGAAAGCUGAUUAUUGGAAAUGCGGCUUUACGACGAAACAAUGGUUUGGCCUUGGCAUGGAAACAAUGUAGUCUUUAACAUGGUAGAAGAUAUUACAAAGAUAAUUAUGCCAGAUUGGAAAAUAAAUUAUGAUAACAUUUUUAGAGAAGGAAAAUUUGUGUUGAUUGGUUCA